AUGCUCCUGAAAAUGAUUCGAAUGCAAAAAUACUUCGUGGGAGGUUAUCCAACGGAUAGAGAGUUUCUUCCUUAUAUAAUAAUUUGUCCCUAUCAUCUUCAAUUCUGGCUUGCCAUUCUCAAUCUUAAUGAGGAAAUAAGAAAUAACGCUGAUUUUCAAGAGUGGUUUAGUCAGAAUAUAAAAGCAGCUUCAGUUACACUGCUAGCAUGUUCCGACGACGCUUUGCAUGCAUUGCCUCGAAAAGAAUUAUAA